AUGUCUCUCAGAGCGGACGAAAGCACACAACCCAUGCUGUCCCAAUACAGAAUGCGAGAUGUCGAGGAGGAUAUCCCUCUCGACGACAACGAAUCCGACGUGACAAGAGUCGCUCCCCAUGCAGGAAUAUUUGGGAAGAUGGGCCGUCUGCGAGCACGUAGCCCUUCAGACAUGUCAACAUGGUCCUACAACGCACCCAAUACACAAACAAGAAGACACCAGUCCCUCGUCGUUGUCCUGACUUGGUUUCGCUGGGGUAUGGUCAUCCUGCUGCAGACAAUCAUUUUGGUUCUUUUGUGGCACCAGGGCCGGAGAGGGGCGGGAGGGGAGACGGAUCCAGAAUUAAAAGGCAAAACAGUCGAGACGGGAGGCGACAUCAACGGCAUCUACAAAACAACAUCACACUCCUAUACAUUCCUCAAGCCUGACCCAGACAAAUUCAUACCCAACAUGACUUCGAACGACAAUCGAUUGGAAGUGCGGAGGAAUUGGGACUUACUCAUGCCAUUGGGCAGUGGCAGCGUAGCCAUCCCAGACUACCGCGACCACCCACUCCUCGGAGACCCCAUUACCGACGAUCCCAUCCGGUCGGGACCGUUAUUCGAGGCGUCAUGGACACACGCCCUCCACUGCCUAUACUACACCGUGGACAGCUACCACCAACUCAUUGUCAACGGACGCACGGACAACGACAAUCCGUACCACGCCGCCCACUGCUUCGAGUACCUUCGCAAUAGCAUUCUGUGCAACCUCGACAUGACGUUGGAAGGGUCCAUGUCCACCCCGGACGACAAGGAACGGGGUCAGCCUCACGUUUGUCGGAAUCGGGAGGAAGCCAUUGCGUGGAUCGAGGCGCGGAGGGUCGAUGAUUUGCAGGACAUUGUUGGGCCGUAA